AUGGCGAUUUGUCAAAUCUGCGACGGUCAAAACGGACCGAAUACUGAAAACAAAACAAAAGAAAAAAAACAGCCGGUUUCCAGACUCGGAUUUUUGAAGAAAACGGAAAGUUGCAGUUUCGGACGCAGUUCCACGAGCCAGGAGGCGACCGCGACUUUCGCGUCGUCUCCAGAUCGGGCGAAGACGUCGUCGAGUUUUUCGUCGAUCCCCAGUUCAUGUCAAGACUCUCCGGCUUCUUCCGCGAUCAAAUAAACUCGGCAAGUUCUUUUUCGCACUUCUUUUCAUUUCGCUAA